AUGCAGUCUCAAAUGAAAUGCCCCAUGGAAACCAUGAUGUUCAUGUUUUACAGGUUUGCUGAGGAUAAAGGCUACUUAACAAAGGAUGACCUGAGAGUACUCAUGGAAAAGGAGUUCUCUGGAUUUUUGGAAAAUCAAAAAGACCCUCUGGCCAUGGACAAAAUAAGGGAGGACCUCAACCAGUAUGGAGAUGGCAAAGUGGGCUUCCACAGCUGCUUCUCACUAAUUGUGAGGCUCAUCAUCGCGUGCAAUGACUAUUUUGUAGCACACAUGUAG